AUGGCCGCGCGUGCGCCGGUGAGACAGACACACUCAUCGGACACAGGACCAGGCAUCCCGAGUCCGUUCGACUUCGCCUUCCCGGACCACCUCUGCGGGUCGCUGCGCGAGACCUACAUGGCGAUUAACGACCGCGUCCGCGCCGCCUGCAAGGACGAAGCCGCCGCCUCUGCCGCUGCCGCAGGCACUGCCGCAGGUUCCUCUGCCACAGCUGCCCCUCCCGCCGCUGCUCCCCCUUCCGCUUCCCCCGCUUCCCCCGCCUCCCCCGCCACCCCCGGCGCCCCGCCCGCCGCCGCAACCUCCUCACCGUCGCAAUGCCGCACGCUGAUCUUCGAUUCGGGCCACGACGGCUUCGGAGACACGGUCUUCGGGCUCGCGUCCACGUUCGCCGUAGCCCUACUCGACGACCGCGCAUUCCUCAUGCGGCAGGAGUGGCUGCCGUACGCGUUCGAGCCGGCGACGUUCGACUGGCGCGUGACAGAGGACAUCCCGCUGUCCACCUACUCGCCGCAGAUCAUGGACCCGGAUAAGCCCCCCAACGCGUCGUACGCGCGGCUUAGCCUCUACAAUAAGAACGUCGACCCGGAGGAGUAUUUCGGGAAGCUGAAAGGGAUCGCGCAUAUUGGGCUCGUGUGGAAUAGAGGGAUUUUGUUCAAUUUGCUGACCAAGGCCAAGGGCGCGUGGGCGGAGAGGUUCAAGGCGAUUGGGAUGACGCCGCCGUAUGCCUUCGCGUGUGUCAUGCGGUUCCUGCUGCGGCCGAAGCCGGAGGUAUGGCAACUAAUGAGGGACAUAGCGGGGCAGGUGCACGUGGCGCACGGGCUGAGCAUCGGCAUCCACACGCGCGUGAAGGACCUCAAGGUGUGGGAGCACUCCACCAAGGACGGAGUUCCCAAGGUGCUCAACGCCGCUGAGGUGGAGGAGCUUUACGUGCAGAACAAGCUGUCUUUCCAAUGCGCGGAGGAGUUGGAGCGGUGGUGGAGCCCCUCGUCGCUCAAGAUCAAGUGGUUCUUCAUCUGCAACUCCGCGCAGCUCAAAGUAGCCGUGCGCGACAAGUUCCCUGACAAGGUGGUGAUAACAGAGUUUGUCCCACGGCACGUGGCAAUCAGCAAGGACAACACGUCGCACACAGCAGCCCCUUCAUGGUACCAGGAGACAGUUGCCGAGUGGCUGCUCCUCGCCUCGUCCGACCUCUUAGUCAUCCCUGAGUCGGGCUUCUCCCGCUCUGCUGUCAUGUACUCCAUGCGCCCUGGGAGGGUCUUCAUGCCCCAAAAGUGCCGGCCUGAUGCCCCUGUGCCUGUGGGGGACCUGGCUACCGUUGGUUGUGGUGUGUGA